CAGGGGGCGGAACCGGAGCGUCACUGGUCCGAAGGCGGAGGGAGCGGCCGCUGCAGGGAGGGAGCGGCCCUUGGCUCUGCCUGCGCUUCCUUCUUCUCUCAGAGGCCGCCAUUGCCGCCAUGGGGGGCUCCCGCGACGACGAGUACGACUAUCUCUUCAAAGUGGUUCUCAUUGGCGACUCCGGAGUUGGGAAAAGCAAUCUCCUCUCUCGCUUCACGCGCAAUGAAUUCAACCUGGAGAGCAAAAGCACCAUCGGGGUAGAGUUUGCCACACGGAGCAUUCAAGUUGACGGCAAGACCAUCAAAGCUCAGAUCUGGGACACGGCUGGACAGGAACGAUAUCGAGCCAUCACAUCUGCCUAUUACCGUGGUGCUGUGGGGGCCCUACUGGUGUAUGACAUUGCCAAGCAUCUCACCUAUGAAAACGUGGAACGGUGGCUGAAGGAGCUGAGGGACCAUGCGGACAGCAAUAUUGUUAUAAUGUUGGUGGGCAAUAAAAGUGACCUGCGCCAUCUGCGAGCAGUUCCAACAGACGAGGCCCGGGCCUUUGCAGAAAAGAACGGCCUGUCGUUUAUCGAAACCUCUGCUUUGGACUCGACCAACGUGGAAGCUGCUUUCCAAACCAUUCUGACUGAGAUUUAUCGCAUCGUGUCCCAGAAACAGAUGUCAGACAGACGCGAGAACGACAUGUCUCCAAGCAACAACGUGGUCCCGAUCCACGUUCCUCCCACCACGGAAAACAAACCAAAGAUGCAGUGUUGUCAAAAUAUAUAACAAAAGUUCAACUCCUGGAAAGCUGUGUAUAUUUCCCCAGAUCUGAAUGGAAGCGGAGCUCGAGCUGACAUUACUUUUCUCUCUCUUUUAUCUCCACUCUCUCUCCCUUUUUGCUUCAGUUACACAUUGUCUUUAUUUUAUUCUCCUCUCUCCAUUUCCUCAUUUCGUCACCGUUUCUUCUCGUCUUCCACCUCAGUUCUGUGACUCAUCUCUUUUUACACGAGGCUGCAGCAUUAUCGGAAUGCGAGUGUCCUGCAAGGCAAACAUUGCUAACCAUCACAGUGGGUCUUCUGCCUGGCUCACCACCAUUCAGACCCUCCUGUCAACCCAACACAUCUUUGAUAACUCGUCCCUUGGCCUGUCGCAUCCCGGUGCCCUGCAGACUACAGCUCCCAUCAUCCCUUUCAGCCCCACCACUGGCCAGAGAUGAUGGGAGGUGUAGGAAAAACGGGCCAGGAGAAUGCCAGGUUGAGAAAGCCAUGAUUGCAUUCCAUGGACAGUUGUUGGCCUGGUCUGGGCCCUUGUUUCCAGUUGUAGAUUGUUUGUUGGACUGCCUUUGUUUCGGACCAGUGCUGUGAUUCUGUUGGAAGACAAAAGUCGGGGAUAACCUCUGGGAACAGCUGGGCCUAAUGGAUUAGCAUCAUGAGCAGAGCCCCUUGUCCCUCCCCUGGCCACCUGGCCUGUGGCCUCGCUUUUGGAAUUGGCUUUGUUAAGGCCGCACACCUGUAGCCUUUCGAUGGGUUUUUAUUCAGUCUGAGCAGAUGGAUGAUGUCUCCCCUUCCAAGCAAGCAGAGGGAUCAAUCAUCUCAGUGGGCGGAUUAAAUUACCACCGUCCACCUGGUGAAGGCCCAACAUCUGUUGCUGGAUGUUGAGUGCCACGUAGUUACCAUCAGAGGGGAGUGCCAUCUCGCUCUUCUUGCUAGUCCCUGUGGCUUGUCGUUGCUGUAUUUAGUGUGGACGCGCGAUCCAGUAUGGGCCCUGGGGGUCAUCUUGCAUGGUGCACAUGUACAGGUUAUAGAGAAGGUUUGGAGAUGGGCGUUAGAGCUCCUAAGAGACCCUUUUGACUUUUUAAUGAGAAUUGUCAGCAAAAGGGGCACUGGUGCAUCCCCCGCCCAAGACUGGCAAAACGGCUGGUUUAGUUUCUCAGGAGGCCCAGUUCCUGGCCUGGAAGCCCUUGAGCCUCUUCAGUUGCAUGCUAAAAAGGCCAGGAGGCCCUCCUCCCCCUGGCUUUCUAGAGUAGAGGACAUUCCCUUCACCUCAUUACGGUUUGCAGCCCACACUGCCUGCUCGUCUGCAGCACUGUUCAAAAGAGGGGUGGGGUGUGCACAUCAAUCAGCACAUACAGAAUUGUGCAGUCUUUGGGAAGCCCAGCUGAAGAGGAAAGAGUCCCUGGUAUAUAGGGAGAAGGAAGGAAGGAAGGAGGGAGGGAAGGAAGGAAGGAAAAAAGGAAGGAAGGAAGGAAGGUUCUCACGUAGGUUCUCACAGAUCUGUUCCGCCUGCUGUGUUGAAGGCUGUCCCCGCUCAGUUCGUCUGCCAGUCUUGCAGUGCUCAUGACGUGUAAGGCACACCGAGGGCAUUGCUGUAGUCCGGUCAUCCUUUCAUUUUCCCUCUCCAGUGUUGUCUCUCUACACACUUUUUUUUUGUUCUUUCUCUUCCCACCUCUUCUUCUUUUUUGUAAAUUGCUUUGUACUGUAUGCACAUUCUGUACCUUGAGUAUUUUUUAAGAUUGAUUUAAAAUUAUUCAUUUUUGGAAUUCUAAUAAAGAAUCACAGGGGAUUGUUGAGAGGUUAUGGAGUGAGCUUCUUUGGAAUUAGACUCUGAUGGGCAUUUGAUAUUUAAAGGGGAAGGACGAGUGCCCUUGAGCUGCGGGAAGAUGAUUGGAAUUAACAUGUGAAUAAAUUAUGUGGAUCAACUUGA